AUGAUACGAAAAUUUGAACGCCUCACGGAAGAAACUCCUAUACUGGGUUUGUGGGAGAGUACAUUCAUCUGCGACCUGAGUUGGUCCGUUGUUGGUGAGUUUGCAGAUAUCGCAGAUACAGGUCCUUCCUGGUCCUGGUUUUACCGCCCUCGACAGCCUAUUUUUCACCAGGUACAUGGCAGAUGGUUUGAACGUGAAAGGAACAAGCUCGAGCCGAGUCUCGAGAGCUUCAAUGUCGAAUGGUCUGGAAGUCCCUUUACCUCUAAGCUUGUUGAAUCUACGCUCCAUAUCAACGGAGUGGUCAGAUCCUUUAACGUCAUAAAAUCAAAAUGGGAAUAUGGCUUCCACGUUGAUCACCCAGACCCGUCCUGCAAAGGCUCCAGGGCAGAGGUCGAAUGCAAAUUUGAUAAAUGUAGUCAGAUCCGCGAAGGAGACCAUAUCAGAUGCCUUUUCCUGUUCUAUUGUACAGAGCACAUCGACACUGAGGGUCCCGAGGGCGGGUUGAUUUACCAAUCAAGCAGGUGGGAAUACUUCUUGCUAAUUGCCCCUUAUCAGCCACCGCCUCGCUCGGCUUUAGAAAGAAAGAACCAGUAUAAGGUAUUUUCUAGCGACGAGAAAGCAGCAGCCUACCGGCGUGUUGGAGUGGGACGUUUCCAGCACGAGCUUGUUCCUAAAGUCGAAUGGUUUGGACUUUCAGGCGGAAAACAUAGUAACAUAAGCUGGCCUAAUUCGACGUUGAUGUUUGAAGGAGCGGAGCGCGUCACAUUUGAGUUGAAGUAG